AUGUAGUCCCUCCUUCCAGCCGCGGAGGGAGUCAGCGGGCGGCCGUCCCUCCGGCCCCUGGACCCCGCCGGGAAGGACGCCGGACCCCGGAGGGCGAUGAUGUCCAGCCCGCCCGGCCGCCCCGCGGUCUCGAUCCGCCCCUGCCGCCCGGAGGAUUGCGCGCAGGUCAUGCGCCUGAUUCGGGAACUGGCAGAGUUUGAGAAAGUGCCUGAACAGGUGAAAAUCAGUGAUCAAGAACUUUGUCAAGAUGGUUUCUGUGAGGACCCCUUCUACAAGUGCUUGGUGGCCGAAAUCCCGCCGGAGGAUCGGGGCGAAGGCGGUCCCACCGUUGUGGGCUACGGCCUUUAUUUCUUCACCUACAGCACCUGGAAAGGUAGAAACAUCUACAUGGAAGAUCUUUACGUGAGGCCAGAAUUCCGAGGGCAGGGGAUUGGGAAGAAACUCAUGAGCAGGAUCGCGCAGAUGGGCGUGGAGAAGGGCUGCACCCAGAUGAAGUUCUCCGUCCUGGACUGGAACCGCCCCGCCGUCGACUUCUACCGCAGCAAAGGGGCCGUGGACCUGACAGCCGCCGAGGAUUGGCACGUCUUUCGCUUCGAAGAGGACGCCCUGCGGAGGCUGGCGCUGGAGGAGCCCGGGGAGUGAGCGAGCCCCCCCUGGGGUCCAGAGAGGUCAUGCCAGAGUCUAGACUAGCUGGCAGUGCAAUGUGAAAUUGAAAAGAGAAGGUUGCCUUUUUUGGGAGGCACUGCUCCUUGGAUGCUUUGUGGACUAAUGAUGAAGUUGAAAUUAUAUAAAUAAAUAAAUGCAAGCUAGCAUG